UAUGUGUGAAAAUGUUUUCUGAGGUCAUGUAAGUGCCCAGCGUCUGCUGCUGGAGGGCAUGGAUCAUUUCCCGACUGUGAAAAUUGAGUCAGACUGAAACUGUGUCCUGCCCUGGCUUAUGACUGGCUGAGAGGAUCGCCCAUCCCCGCAGCAUAAUUCCAUCUGGGCUAAAUAUUUAUACUGAGGAGGAACCACAUCUCUUACCCACAACACAUUCAUUCACGUAAGGGAGAGCUACUUAAAGAGCCGAGCCGCAGAGAUCCACUGAGUUCAUCAGAAGAACACCACUGUCUUCUCCUCAGAUUUGGAAAGGGUUUUUUUGUACCAACCAGAGUGAACCAUGAGCUUUUGGGUCUCUACUUUCUGUUUUUUUAUCACUAUGUGUCAGAUUGGGAGUUAUCCAGCCAGUGCCGGGAUAUGCUGGCUGCAGACCGGUCAAAGGUGUGACAUGGUGCUGAUGAGAGGGGUGUCCAGAGAGGAGUGCUGUGGCGGGGACCGUCUGGACACAGCGUGGUCCAACUCCAGCCUACCCAUGAAUGAGAUCAGCCUGCUGGGAUUCUUGGGAGUUGUGUCGUGCAAACCAUGUAAAGAGACUUGUGACGGAGUCAAAUGCAGUCCUGGGAAGGUGUGCACGGUGAUGAUGGGAAGGCCCCAGUGUGUGUGCUCUCCUGACUGCUCUAACAUCACCAAAAAGCACGCUGUUUGUGGAAGCGAUGGCAAGACGUACAAGGAUGAGUGUGCUCUGCUGCUGGCCCGCUGCAUGGGACAUCCAGACCUGGAGAUCAUGUACCAGGGCGAAUGCAAAAAAUCCUGUUCCAACGUGGUGUGUCCGGGAACCCACAGCUGUGUGAUCGACCAGACCAACAGCGCUCACUGCGUCAUGUGCCGUACCACGCCUUGCCCGCUGCCCAUGCCCUCAGAGCAGCCAAUCUGUGGCAACGACAACAUCACGUACCCCAGCGCCUGCCACCUGCGCCGGGCCACCUGCUUCCUCGGCCGCUCCAUAGGAGUGCGCCACUACGGCCACUGCAGCAAUCCUCCUCGGAAAUCUCAACUCUACGACGGAAGUGAGGAGAAUGCACUCUAAAGGGAAAAUUUGUGUCUGUUUUUUUUUUUUGUUUUGUGUUUUUUUUAAAUGAGUGGAUCCACCACUAGCUUUCCACAAUGACCUCUCACACCUUCUACCGCCUGUAAAAAGCAACAUGGAAGACACUCUGUCAGUUCUUAUCACCUAGCGAGGAACUCGGAGGCUGCAGCAGAGCGUGUGUCUCAAGGGCCAGAACAUCCAACCAGCUCUUUGGGAGAAGUGUGCAUAUUGUAAAUAAAUUCCUAUUACUAUUUAUUGGAGAAGGUAGCAAACUCUAUUUAUGUUUUUAUCUUAGUAGUAACUGCCUUAAUCUUUGGGGAAGCUGAAGCCAAAUAAAUGUGUGUAUUUA